AUGUCAUCAGUUCGGAACGUCACUCGUAGUCGCAUAGGUCAGCAAUCAAGGGUCGACCUAGUUGACACUGAGGGCCGGAAUCAACCCGACGACACUCAGAUCGACGAGGCUGACGAUGAACAGUGCACUUCACAACGUCCCACUCGUCUAGCCUCUCAGGCCGCUCCAAAGGCGUGGGCUAGUAUGGUGCCGAAGAAGAGAGCCGGCAGCACAAAUGGGGGGAAGGCAACUCAGCCGCAGCCACGGAAGAAGGUGGAGAAGGUUGGAAACACCGACGAGAUCCAAAGUCGCGUCAAGGUUCAAGAGAAGCGCAAGAGAGCAGACUCAGCAAGCGUGAAGAGCGCGAAGGAUCUUGCCAGUGAAAAAACGGCGGCGCCGCGCUUGAAGAGUACCAACAGUGAGAUAGAGCGACGACCACAGCAGAAGAAGGCGAAGGUCGGCAACUUGCGGCCUGCAAACUUCAAUGAGAACGCGCCAUCGAACAAGAGACCUCCCAGAGCUGCAGUGAUCAACGACGCGUCGGACUCUGACUCGCCCUCGCCACCGCCGCCACCGCCACGACCCCGCACUUCUCGAUCAUCCCAGGCGACCCGAAGUCAAUUGCAACCCAGUGCCGCUGCAACUCGCGGCAUUGAGGACGGACUGGAUGACGAUGGUGAGGUUGUGGAUCAUGAUGAAGCCGAGUACGAGCAGGAGGGCGAGCUUGAGGGUGAUGAGGAGGCCGAGUCGCGCGAACAAUGCGUCGACUUUGAAGCAGAGCGUGUAACUAUCACGGGGUCCAGCAACUCUCGGUCGACGACCGCGCGCGAAGCGCCCGACUCGGCGGACGAUGUGCCGAGCCCUCGACCUCCCCGCUUCCGCUCGAAGAGCUCACGCUCGUCGAGUGUCGUGUCCUACUACAACUCGGAGCCACCGGCGACUGAUGACGACUUCCUCAUGCACGGAGCAGACGUCGAUGAAGAUGAGGCGCAAGCCGCUCACUCUGAUUACGACCGGGUGUAUGAUGAACCAGUCGCCUACAGCUCGGAUCCUGCAAUCGGCGGUGACGCGGACGAUCUCGAUGAAGAUGAGAUCCCGGAGGUCGUCUCGCGUGGGCAACGGCAGGUGCGCAAACGUUACCGCGCGGUCAAGUUGCACGACAUAUCUGACCCGAAGUUACACGUUCAGCUAACACAGAAGCAGCAAGACAAGUUGAAGUCUGAGAUGCCUGAAAUUCGCCGUGCCACUCAGGGCACUGCGAAGACAAAGAAGACAAAGAAGCAGGCGCAGACUCACCACUCGGGCUCGGCCUCCGUCAGCAGCAAGAUGCACGACAAUAUCAAAUGGCUGCCACGGUCGAAUAUCACGGUUAUCAAGCUCCCGAAGAGCACAAAGAUGGGGAAGAAAGCUCAAGACGGAGAGGUCCAGCAAGUCAUGUCCCACGCCUACACCCUUGGUGAGCAGAUGAUGGUAUUUGGCCGAGCAGAGGACCGCGAGCUCGACAUCACCAUUGACGCCCUCAACACCAUGGUCACGCCAAUGGACAAGAUUGGCCUUGAUCGUAUCGCAUACGAUGCCCUUGUCCAAUCGGCAGACACGCUCGGGUACGGCGGUGAGGGGGACAUCGCUCACCGCCUGGAAGAUGGGUCGUUUGAAGACUACACUAGACCGCUUAUGACGGAUGUUGCUCGUCGAGUGUCCAUGGCUCGGACGGGCAUUCGAAAAGCAAUCGCUUUCGUUGUUGAACACGAGUUCAAGCUCACGAUCAAGUCCGGCAACGUUCCCGCAGUGCCCGACAAGAUGGAGCUCCUCAAGGAGAUGAACUACAUAUAUCCGUGGACUCCAACAGGGGGUUUUGAUGGGCGCGCACCUUAUGAAAGCGAGAUGAUCAAGUCGGUCAUACGCUCCGGAUUCUUUACUAAUGCGGUGUAUCUCGGAAUCGGGCUGCAGAGCGUCGUGCUCUGCCCGUCUUCGUUGGCAAGCAAACCAUCAGAGUACGAGGUACCCCGAGAAUUGGUCUCCCUUGCCAUGACAGCUGUCGAGUCUGUCAUACACGAACAUAGCCUUCGUCUUGGCAAGGCACUUGAGUUCGGAGCUGCUAGCGCACCCGCGUACCGAGAGCACAUGGUGCGACUCGCUGAUUUCCGCCAGCAGAAGCCGAAGCGCUAUCAUCGCGUCAUGCACAAUAUAUUCAAAGCCGUAACAACGGGUCAUGCUCUGCAUUCGGGUACACACGGCGGCAGCACAAGCAUGAACUGGGAUAACAUACCCGAUGACGACUCGGAGUAG